AUGACAAAUAAGAACACUAUUAUACUCAUAACAAAAGCCUGCUCAGGCACUAUUAAUCAGCUGCGGCGGCACACUCUCAAGCGUCGGCGUUAUAACCUUCAUCAGCCCCGUGUCGGCGUCAAACUCGACCUUGUCCAGCGUCGUCUCCCUGUUGUUCCCGUUGCCGUUGGGGAUGGCGAAGCGGUGGUAGGCAAUCAGCCAGUCGUCGGUGCCGGGGAUGUUGACCAUGCUGUUGUGGCCGGUGCCCAGGAUCCCCAGCUCGGUCCGCUUGGACAGCACGACGCCGCGGUACGUCCACGGCCCGUCGGCCGACGUGGCCGUGGCGUACCCGACGCGGUAGUUCUCCGACCCCGUGUCGUCGAUGCUGUACGUCAGGUGGUACAGGCCCCGGCGGUGCACGACGAAGAGGCCCUCGCGGAAGUCGACCAGGCCCUCGAUCGCCCUGGUGGUGUUGGGCUUGAGCGACACCAUGUCGUCGCCCAGCUCCGCGUACAGCGGUCGCCCGUUGCCCCAGUACAGGUAGUACCUGCCGCUGACCGGGUCGCGGAACGCCGCCGGGUCGAUGGCCUGGCCCGACGUCACGGCCUCGUUGUUCUUGAUGAAGGCGUCCUGCUGCGCCGUGAACGGUCCCAGCGGGCUGUCGGCCACGGCGGCGCCGAUGGUCUUGGUGUUGAGCGUGCGGUGGUGGCCGCUGUGGUAGAAAUAGAACUUGCCGUCGCGCUCCGCGAAGCCCGGCGCCCAGGCGUUGCCCACGGCCCACGGCACGUUGCCGCCCGGCGCGUCCAGCGUCAGGAUGGGCUCCUGGCUGCGCGUCCAGUUGGCCAGGUCCGGCGACGACCAGACGUAAAACUCCUUGCCGCCCCAGCCGGGGAAGCCGUCGGUGGUGGCGUAGAUGUAGUAGGUCUUGUCGUGGAUGAAGAUGUUGGGGUCGGCGUAGAGCCCCGGGAGCACGGGGGACCUGACGUUGGAGGCGCGGACCGUCCAGUUCGAGGUGCUGCCGUCAGCCGCGUUAGUAAGCGUGUACGUCACUGUCUUGCCGCCGUCGAGGUCAACGAUUGUUCCAGGAGCAGGGGAGGAGGUGACGCCGUCGACGGUGGUGAAGGUCGGGGCGACAGACGCGAGGCUGACGUUGGGAGCAGGUGCUUUUUGCUGCGAGGCGUCCGAGAGGGCGACGUCGCGGACCUGAAAAACGUUGCCGGACUUGGUGGCCACCUCGUCGCCGGAGAGGGCGCGCCCGUACAGGGCAAAGUGGCUCAUCUGGCCCUUGAACAGCUUGUCCGAAGUGUAGACGGACCGGCCGAUGUAGUUGUUGGACGUGAUGCCGUUGCCGAUGCUGAGGGGGUCGGCACUCGUCGCCGUGUUGCGGGCGACCUCGGCCCCGUUCAGGUACAGGAUGCCGGUGCCGCCGCUGAUGACGUAGGCGAGGUGCACCCACUGGUCCUUGGGCAGGUCGCGCUGCUGGUUGGCGGCCUGCUCUCCGCUGUAGUCGCCGGUGGUAAUGGCGGCACGGUAGGGGCUGCCCGUGGCAAAGACGUAGCCGUUGCCCGCGCCGCUGGAGCCGGUGUUGCCCAGGCCAAAGAGGAAGUAGGGCGUCUGCUGGCCGGCGUCGAUGCGGACACGCAUCUCGACGCUCAUGUCCUCGACGUCCUUCAUCAGGUCAAAGGGAAGCGAGACGAAGUCGUCCUGGCCGUCAAAGGUCAUGACGCCGUCCUUGACGCUGGCGCUGCCGAAGACCUUGGCGUCGGCGCCGUUGCCCGACUUGUCGGCGAGGACGUUGCCGUCGGUGAGGCCGGAAAAGUCGUACUUGAGAAUCUCGCCGGCUGCGUUGACGGCACGCUUCGUGUUGGUGGUGCCAGUCAGCUUGCUCAGCUCCGCGGCCGUGACCGGGAUGACGGUUCCGUGGCGAGGGCUGCGGGGCAGGCUGAAGUUGGCCGAGACCCUCCACUGCGGCGCGGCAAUGUCGGCCGUCUCCAGCGGGAUGUAGCCACGGCCGCCAUACUCAUCGACAAACAGGUACCACUUCUGGCCGUUGACAUCGCCAGGGUUGGACUUGAAGGACGUGGGACCCUCGACGGCCGAGGUGCCCGCGUCGCGCCCGAUGCAGGCGGCGACCUGAGUCCACGCAGUGAGGUUCGCACGCAGGGAGGUGGAGCGCUCCUGGAUGAUGUCGGCACAGCCGGUGCCGCCGGCCCCCUCGUCCUUGGUGAAGCGGUAGUAGGUGUCGCCGUCCUGGACGACGGUCGAGUCGAUGCGCGACAUGCCGGCGUCCUGCCAGAUCUUUGUCUCGCUGAAGGUGACAAAGUCGCGGGUGGUGACGUACAGCAUGCGGUGGUACGUCGCACCGGUGCGGCUGGGGUCGUUGGCCGAGUAGAGAGAAGAGGCCCAAAAGACAAUGUACUCCCCGAUCGAUGGGUCAAAGAAGGCCUCGGGGGCCCAUGUGUUGCCGGCCUCGGCAGGGGACACGAGCACGUGGCGCUGGGCGGACCAGUUGAUGAGGUCGGUCGACUCCCACACCUCGAGGUAGCGGCUGCCAAACUUGACAGAGUCGCCCCACGAAGUUCCCGACCCGAUGGAAAGGUCGGUGGCGAUCAGGAAGAACUUGUCACCCUCGGCCGACCGGAUGACGAAGGGAUCCCGCAGGCCCUUGGUGCCCAUGGUCGACUGCAGCGUGGGCUGGCCGCCGUUCAGCUCGCGCCAGCGCAGGGCAUCGUUGCCCACGCUGGCGGCAAAGUAGAUCUUUUCGCCCUCGAUGCUGUUGCCGGUGAAAUAGGCAAAGGCGUAACCCUCAAACGCAAGCUGCCUCUUGUCGACGGCCUUGCGCACGUUGGCGGUGAAGUCACGCUCGACCGAGACGCCUCGCUGCUGGAUCGUGGCCCUGAGCGUGACCGUCCUGUCCGCAUCCUGCCGCUUGACUAUGCCGUCGUGGCUGAUGACUUGGGCGUCGCUGCUGUUCCACGACACAGGGAGCCCGUCCCAGGUCCUGGGGAGGUGAAGGUUUCCGCGGACGUCUUGGAUGUUGGUGACGGAAACCGAGGCGAGGGCGGCUUCUGCCCGAGCAAAGAUGGCGCUGCGGGCACUCAGGGGGCCCUCGGGCCCGGCUGCAGCCUGGCUGACAAAAGCCAGGGCAGCCAGGAGAUAGCGCGUGUGGUACCUCAUAGUGGGCCCACGUCUGCUGUAUGA